UUGUUCUGUUUCCUUAAACACUUUGUAAAUGUUUGGUUUAAAUAGCAUAAUCUUAAAAAGGUUUUUUUUUUCUUUUUUCUUUUUUUUUUUUUUGGCUGCAUUGGAUUUUCAUUGCUGCAUGCGGGCAUUCUCUAGUUGUGAACACCUAUUUAACUUGAAGUUUGCUGCAAAGGAACUUAAUAGGAAUGCCAAGAAAUGUGAUAAAGAAGAAAAGGCUGAAAAGGCCAAAAUUAAAAAGGCCAUUCAGAAAGGUAACACAGAAGUUGCAAGAAUACAUGCUGAAAAUGCAAUCCGCCAGAAAAACCAAGCAAUUAAUUUCUUGAGAAUGGGUACUAGGGUUGAUGCUGUGGCAGCCAGAGUUCAAACUGCAGUAACAAUGGGCAAGGUAACCAAGUCCAUGGCAGGCGUAGUUAAGUCUAUGGAUGCUACAUUGAGGAGUAUGAACCUUGAAAAGAUUUCUGCCCUGAUGGACAAAUUUGAACAGCAGUUUGAAACACUGGAUGUUCAAACACAGCAAAUGGAAGACACAAUGAGUAGUACUACAACCCUAACAACACCACAAAACCAAGUGGAUAUGCUGCUUCAAGAAAUGGCAGAUGAAGCUGGCCUUGAUCUCAAUAUGGAACUACCACAAGGUCAGACAGGUUCUUUUGGCACAAGUGUUACUUCCACGGAACAGGAUGAACUAUCACAGAGGCUUGCUCGUCUACGUGAUCAAGUGUAAUUUAAAGAACUGGUACUUUUGUUUACCUCACUUGCUUCUGAAAUAUUUUGCGUGUAUAUAUAGACAAGUUUCACUCCAGUUACACUAAGAACGCCAUAUAUUCCAGAAUGCUUAAACACUAUUUGUAUAUAAUGCUUUCUUUUAUUUUGCUGUACUUUAGAAUACUUUAAGAAAGUCUGGAGGGUUUUCACCUUGACAGAUUUUACAGUUUUGUAUAUUAUGUUGAAAAGUGUGAGAGAUGGUUUUUUGUAGGUGUCCUUGACUGAAUUCGUAUUAACUCACUGUAUAUGAAACAUCCUCCUCAAAAAUUAUAUUUAAAAAUCUAGCACCAAAGUACUACAGAAUAAAGUACUUUAUACAUAAUAAAGUAUAGAAUAAAAGUUUUGGUUUCUUUUUAAUUCAAGGUAGCUUUAAAUAAAUCUCUGCAUUCACAUGUGAUGCAUAAAAAUAAAAACAGGGAAAAUAUAUUCACUUAAUAUGUUUACAUAACCAAAAACACCUCCUUUAGCAUCAUACAAUGGACAAUGCUACUUUUUGUGUUUAUGUUUGUUUUCACUAUUCAAGCAGAAAUUCAGUUGACUUUUAAUCUGUGUUCAUCAGCUUUUAAAUUUAGAUUACUAUGAGAAUCUAGUAAUUUAGCUAGUAAUUUAAUGACUAUUAAUUCCUUAAAUUAAAAAUUUUUUCAUUGAUAAAAAAUAUGCAAAAUUAAAUCAAAGAAAUUAAGGUUUGCUCAUUUAAAAUUUUUUCUCUUUGGUAAAUAUCACUGUUAAGACAGAAAUUCAACCUUUCAUACUUUCAGAUGAAAUUGAAACAUUUUUAAUCAUUCUUCAAUUUGCAUUCAACGCUUGUUAGGCUGUAUUUUAAAAGGAGAUUAAUUUGCAUGGCCUUAAUAUCAUUUACAUUUCUCACAGAAUUAUUGAUUGGUUUUUGAAAAUAUUGGUGUGUGUUUUUAAACUAACCAACAAAAAAUAACAAAACAAAAUUAAGCCAACUCAAGUUACAACUAUAGUUGAUCCUUGAACAAUGCAGAGAUUAUGGGGUUUCGAACCCCUAUGCAGUUGAAAAUCCACAUAUAACUUUAUAGUUGGCCCUCUGUAUGUGCAGUUCCACAUUCCCAGAUUCAACAAAACACAGGUUGUGUAGUACUAUAGUAUUUACUGAAAAAAAUCUGUGUAUAAGUGGACCUGCACAGUAAACCUAUGUUGUUCGGGGGUCAACUGCACUAUAAGUCCUGGUUGAAUGUAUUCAUUCUUUAUCUUAAACAACUCUCAUAACUGGAAGAAAUGAAGUGGAAAAUAAAUCAGAAUAAAACGUUUUGCCCAGCCAAGUAGAUAACUUCCAGCCCAGUGGAGGUUGGGAGCAUAACACAUGGGGUGGGCACACAGAAAAGUCAUAAGACUGUAAAGAAGACUAGACUCUGGAAGGGCAGGAGCCUUGGGGAAAAGUAUUUGAUGACCAGCUGUACUGCUUGCCAUCUCCCCAGGAAUAUCUGUAUUUUACCCAACUAAAAUGAACAAAUUAACAUGUGCCUGCAAUUUUCUGGUGUAAGUCUCAAAUGUGGAGAAGUGACCAAGUUAUAUUUUAGAAAGUAUACUACUAAUCUAGGUUAAGUAGGUAAGGUGUUUUUCCUUAAUGAAAGAAUGCCAGUAUUUCAUGAAAUUCUAUUAAGAGCACAUCUGUUUAGAUAAUCUUCAUUCAAAGUGAAAUUAUGGAGACUUUUUUGCUAAGCACUCACCAUUCAUAUAUAAUAUUUCCCAUUGUAAAUGAGAACAUGUAUAAAUGAAGACUAUUUUCAGUGGUUAAUGAAAUGAGAAAUUACUCUUAUGCUAAGUUUGGGUAAACCUAUUUAACUUUCUUGGUAAUUUGACUAUAUGAUGUGACCUCAAUGCAGUAAUCUUCCAUUUUGUUUAUAAUUGAUGCUUUGUCUUUUCUACUUAAAGGGUAAGUUUAUUUAUUUAUAUUUGGAACAUCCCAGAGAAGCGUAGAAGAGAUUAUUACAGACAAAUAUCUAUGAAAUAGAGUUUUCUUAUUUUCUGUUGGUGAGAAUUGUAGCUUUUGUGUUUUUGACUUGAAUACAAACUGAUAAAUUGUGAAUAUGGCUUACUUACAUCUAGAAAUAUAAAUGACUCUGAUCUAAAGAUAACAGCUCAUAGUUUUAUUUAACAGUCAAAUCAGAUUUGUCUUUUAAAACUAUUGUUCUCUGAUAGACACAGUUUUGUUUUUGGAUUCAUCUGUUAUAAUAAAAUUUU